UCCGCUUUUGAGUUAUCCACACGUUGCCACGGAAUGGAAGUUCACUGGGUCCUCGGUCUCGGCCUGCUCCUAAUAUACGGUGCAGAUCCCACAAAUGGACGCUGUGAGAGGGGUUUGGUCCUGGAGCAUGGCCUCAUAAUGUUUCGCGGUAGAAAUGUGGUUCGUUUCCGGUGCAAUCGCGGCUAUACGCUCCUGGGAAGUUCGAUUGCGACCUGCGAUCGGGAUGGACGCCUCAGGGGCGAGAGACCUUUUUGUGCCAAAAGUGGUUGUCCUGAUCAGGAUUCACAGAGGAACGGAAUAAGGCUCAAUCUUGGUCCAAAGGCGGUGACCGUUUGCAACGACGGCUAUGUCCUGGUGGGCAGUCGUGCUGCCUACUGCGAUGGAGAGCAGUGGAACACGCAGCUGGGCUCUUGCCUCAGGAGCAACCAUACCCAGGAUCACUCCUGCGAUUUUGAGAGCGAGGAUCAGUGCGGCUGGGACACGGAGACGACAUUCCGGCGUCCCUGGAAGCGAAUCAGCACGGUGGUCGAUUUUCAUUCGACGAAGACUGGACCCCAGCACGAUCACACUUUCCGGAACCACUCCGGCGGCCACUACAUGCGCAUGGAGACGCAGAGUGGUGCCUUUGGAAGCUACCACCUGAUCUCGCCGAUCUAUCCCAGGGCCUUGAGCCUGAAGACCGCCUGCUGCUUCCGCUUCCACUACUUUAUGUACGGCGAAGGAGUAGACAGCCUGGUGGUGUCCGUGAAGCCAGUCUCGAUGCCGAUGGCUACCAUGUGGAACCGAUUCAGGGCCAAUUCCAGCAAAUUUGAGAUGACCGGCACCCAGGGAGCCGAGUGGCUGGAGCACACGAUCACCAUCGACGAGAUGCAGGAAGACUUCCAGGUGAUCUUCACGGCCACGGAUGCCCGAUCCCGAUUCGGCGAUAUUGCCAUCGACGACGUUAAGCUGAUGACUGGCAAGGAUUGUGGAGUGGGAGAGUUCACCACAACGACGGAGACAACAGACGCUACCGAGCCGGAUCUGGUUUUCUCCAUGAUGAACUGCACCGGUCGGUGCGGUCAAGCGAUAAGCCCGGAAGCGAUAAUUGUGUUCACCAAAAAAGGAAUAGCCUUGGGCUGUGGCUGUGAUGAUGACUGCACGAUCUUCGACAAUUGUUGCUUGGACUAUGUCGAGGAGUGUGUGAAGGGGAUUUAUACAUCACCCAGUGAUUAUGACGUAACUUCACCAACACCUGCAACCACUAAACUAACAACUAUACCAACUACUAUACCAACCACUAAACCAACCACUAAACCAACUACUAAGCCCACCACUAUACCAACCACUAUUCCAACAACUAUUCCAACAACUACAACUACAACAACAACAACAACUACAACUACACCAAAGCCUACCACAACUCCUACUACCACACGAAAGCCAAUUGUUAUAACCACUAAACCAACAACAACUACUUCAACAACUCCUAAGCCCACAAUAAAAACAACGAAAAAAAUGCCAGUGAACACAACAACAGCUACACCAAAGUCACUAACAACUAAAAAAGUGGUUACAACAAUAACAGCAAGUACACCAGCAAAGGAACACAUUAUUACAACCGACAACAAACCUAUUACAAUCAGCAUCAAUGAGCUCAUGAAGAAACGCAUUACUUGGAAAGUGGAUCCCGACGAUAUUGCUGGACAUAUGCCCGUUCACGGAAGUUCACCCAAUCCGGCCUUGAUAGUGCUAUACCUGCUCAUCGCCGUUGUACUGGUGGUGGUCCUUGGCAAUGUCACCCAUCGAUGGUUAAUUCCACUGGCUGAUGAAAACCGUAGAAACGAGAAGGCGGUUAGCUUCAAGAGAGCAAUUGCCGGGCUUAGGAAGCCGGGCAGAUUUUCCCGGAAUCGUAGGAACAGCCUAGAUCAGCCAUUGUGCGAUACCGAUAACGAGGAUGGGGAUUACUUUGAAACGGACGGCACGAGAUUUGAGGAAAUGGGCGUGGACAUACGGAAUGUGUCAGAUCUAUAAGGGCGCUUCGGGUCCCUAAACAAACCUCUCGAAUAGGGGACACACAGAAGGAGUCCCUUAUCAACGUUGUAUAUGCCUAUUGUAUAGGAAAAAUUGUAACCGAUUUGUGCGAGAAAAACUACCAUAUAAUAGAUUUGAGAAAAUAAAAAUUUUAAACUUUA